AUGGGCUUCCGCCCAACAUUUCAACAUCACAAUGGGAAGCAAACAUAUUGCGAAGUUGGAGAUAAAUGUCUUUCUCGAGUACCAUAUGCUUCGAUCAUUGCAACUUCUAUGUGUGGUAUUGGUGUAAUUCUUUUUACACUUGUUAUGACAUGGGCAUUCAACGCAUCCGUAGAGCAAGUUCGUCGAAUGCUGAAUGUGGAGAACAUACCAUGGCUUGCUAAAUUGCAAGUACUAUUUGUUUGUGUUGCGGUAUUGAUGGCAAUAGCGGCUCUUAUACUGCUCGUCAUUGCUGCCAUGAGUACGGGUUCCACAAGAAAAGAGCUUUAUAGAGGGGUGCGUGGUCGUAUGGGAGGAAAAUUGGCAAAUGCAUUUGCAUUGAUAACUGCAUAUUUGUUAAAUAUGUGCUGGCUUGUUUGUUUUGCAAUUGUGGUUGUUCUCUGUUUUGUGUAUUACAUAUUUACCUUCCUCUGUUCUUCUAUAUCAUUCAACGAUUCCGAUUGUCUUGAUUUUUCACUCUUUCAACCGUUUAUUCAGCAAAUUUCCAAGAAUUCUUUGAAGCUUUGUGGCGGCGAUGUGCAGCAAUUCUGUGCUCUUUCAUGGAGUGCUUUUGCAUGGUAUUUGGUUAGUUUGAUUUCAUGUUUAAUAGUUAUCAAAGGACUGGAACAUUUUAUGAUAUGCAGUGCGGCAAACUAUGCUCAUAUCAGCAGUGGAUUGAAAUAUCUCGAGUUGAGAGAGCUGCUACUGUCGGGUGAUGGUGAUGCAGUUAAAGCUGAUUUACGAACGUCAGAUUACCAAAUGCAACCAGGAUUUGGAAAUAUUUCGCCAAGAGAUUAUGGUCCUCUCAAGUCAUGCUUGGCCUAA